UUUAAGAAUCUUGCACUUCCUCCAUUCCCCUCUCUGUCUCUCUCCCCCCCUCUCUCUCCUUUGUUUCUCUCUCUAAACAAUAAGGAAAUAGGAACAAACAGCACUCCAGUUUUUAUAGUUCGAAUGGAGAGCACCGAUACCAUAUACACAGACACUCUCGGCUCUUGAACGCUCCGCAGCUUCACCAACAGUAGUGGUAGCUCUGAUUUUGUUCUAGCACAGAAGGAAGGAGGCUUGUUCGUUUAAUGUCAUCUGUGUUUAGUCCCUCCCGCAGCAGCCCUGUGAGCUCUCGGCUGCAGCUGCUCGGCGGAGCUGGUGGUGUCUCCCGCCUCAGAUCCUCGUCCUUCAAGAAGCCGCCGGAGCCUUUGCGACGUGCAGUUGCUGAUUGCCUAUCUUCGGCUGCUGUUACAGCAGCCUCGCACCAAGGGAGCCCCUCCAUGGUUCUAUCCGAUGCUUUUAGAACUCUCCGGGACUACCUGGCUGCAUCUACAACCAUUGAUCUUGCUUAUAGUGUGAUCAUAGAGCAUACUAUUGCAGAGAGGGAGCGCAGCCCAGCAGUAGUUGCUAGGUGUGUGGCACUUUUGAAGCGUUAUCUUCUAAGAUAUAAACCCAAUGAAGAGACAUUACUGCUAAUAGAUCAGUUUUGUGUGAACACAAUUUCUGAGUGUGAUGCAAGCCCAAACCGAAGAUUUUCACCUCGGUCCCGAUCUUUAAGUCAACAAUCUUCUGCAUCAUCAGCAACUACGAGUGCCUCUCCUUUGCCUGUAUCUAGUUUUGCUUCUGAAGCACUUAUAAAGUCAUUAAAUUAUGUUCGUUCUCUAGUUGCUCAGCAUAUUCCAAUGCGCUCUUUUCAGCCAGCAGCUUUUGCUGGAGCACCACUUGCAUUGAGACAGUCACUCCCAUCACUCUCAUCUUUGUUGAGCAGAUCCUUCAAUUCCCAAUUAAACCCUGCAAAUGUUGGAGAAUCUGUGGAGAAGAUAGAUGGUGCAACUUUAUCUGCUUCAAAUUUAUUGAAUAUCGAAGAAGUAGAAGGAUUAGAAGAUUUUGAAUAUAUUGCACCGGACGUUCUGAAAUGGCGCUGGCUUGGGAAACAUCAUUUGUUGCCUCUGACAAUGGAAAGUGAUCGUGCGAUGAAUCUUCCAGAGAUUACACGCAAUUUCCUAGAAGCAGGUGCUGCUGCUUUACUAGUUGGAGAUGUGGAAGCUAAAAUGAAAGGCCAACCUUGGAAGUUUUUUGGCACUGCUGAUAUGCCUUAUCUUGAUCAACUAUUGCAACCUUCAUCAGUUGCUACAAUUACCAACUCGGCCAAUGCCCGUUCCCAUUUGAGAGCAAUAACUGCGUCAAAGCGAACCAAAGCGGGCCCUCGCCAAAUUUGGGAUGAUUCUCCAAUUGGCACUUUCCGCCUACGAGCUCGGCCACUUUUCCAAUAUCGUCACUAUAGUGAACAACAGCCUUUACGAUUGAAUCCUGCUGAGGUAUGCGAGGUUAUCGCUGCAGUUAGCUCAGAGACACCUUCAUUGAAUGGUUAUGUUAUGACAGUAUCAUCGAGAAUAAGUAAUACAAGUGGAAAGCCAUCAAUGGAUGUUGCUGUGAGCGUCCUUAUUAAGCUUCUCAUUGACAUGUAUGUGAUGGAUUUUGGGACCGCCGCUCCUCUCAUUCUGUCUAUGCUUGAGGAAAUGCUUGGUUCUCCAAAGGUGGCUUGUAGGGUUCGUGCAUUUGAUUUAAUUCUGAAUUUGGGAGUUCAUGCUCAUUUGUUGGAGCCAAUGAUGACUGAUGACACUUCCACAAUUGAAGAAGAGUAUUCUCAAGAAUUAUCUUUUGACAAGGAGGGCCAACUUACAAAACCUGGAAGCAGAAUGGACUCUGUUGAGAAGUUGGGAGGUUCCUCUGCUAUAGAUAGUUUUGAAAUGUGGAUCCUAAACAUUUUACAUGAGAUACUUCUACUUCUCGUGCAGUCGGAGGAGAAGGAGGAAUCAGUCUGGGCAUCUGCUCUGAGUUGCUUACUUUAUUUUGUUUGCGAUAGAGGCAAAAUUUGUAGAAGCCGAUUGGAAGGCCUUGACAUAAGAGUUAUUAAGGAACUUAUAGAGACUAGCAGGUGGAAUUCUUGGGCAGAAAUUGUUCACAGCAAGCUUAUUUGCAUGUUAACAAAUAUGUUAUAUAAAGUUUCUGUGGUAACUACAAUCGCUGUUUCAAGCACCCCAAUGUUUCUUGUAGACCAGAUUGACCUGGUUGGAGGAAUUGAAUUUAUUUUGCUUGAGUACUCACUAGCUAACUCAAGGGAAGAAAGGAGAAAUCUUUAUUUGGUACUUUUUGACUAUGUUCUGCAUCAAAUAAAUGAAGAAUGCAUAGCAACUGGUGUAUCUGAAUAUAGUGACGAUGAGAUUCAACCUCUUGCUCGCCUACUCUCUCUUGCUGAUGCACCUGAAGCUUUCAAUAUAUCUGUUAAGCUUCGAAUGGAAGGCAUUGGAGAGCUUUUAAGAAGAUCGAUUUCAGCUGCAUUGUCUAGAUAUCCCAACAGAGAACGAUUAACACUGCUCUUGGAAAGUAUGAUGGAGAAGUUUGAUGCUAUAAUUAGCUCAUUUACUCAUUUAGAUAAAGAGUUCUCUCAUCAGAUACAUAUAACCAAGUCCUUCAAGUAUCUAGAAACUAUUGAGAGUGCUGCUCUAAGAGAUGGUGUUGGCAUGAAAGCAAAACUAUCAUGGGCAACUUUGCAUACUCUGUUACAUUCAGAAAGAAUUGCUUACCGUCAGAAUGGACAUAUUUGGUUAGGGGAUUUGCUUAUUGCAGAAAUUGGCAAUGAAAGGAAUAAGAGCAAAUGGUCAAAUAUUAAAGACUUGCAGCGUAAAAUUGUUUAUGCUGGAGUUUCUGAUUAUUCAGUUUCUUCAGAUGUUCCUAUGUCCAUUUGGCUCAUGUGUGGAUUGCUAAAGUCGAAAAACAGCCGUGUUAGAUGGGGCUUCCUUUUUGUCCUUGAGAGGCUUCUCAUGCGAUGCAAAUUUCUGUUGGAUGAGAAUGACAUGCAGCACUUAAGCAGUGGUGAUGUCUGUCAGGAAGAUGCUGAUAACCGACUUGAGAAAGCAAAUGCAGUAAUUGAUGUUAUGAGCAGUGCUUUGUCCUUGGUAGCUCAAAUGAAUGAAACAGAUCGCAUUAAUAUUUUAAAGAUGUGCGAUAUUCUAUUCUCUCAGUUGUGCCUGAAGGUUCCCCCGGCCGCUGCAAUGCCAUAUGGAGAUGGAAUGGCCCAGAGUAGAGUUCACAAUUUCACAGAUGAAAGUAGAAAAACUGACGCCGAUGGGCGUGUCUCUCAGCCAGAGAAUUGUCGCUGGGAUGAGUUGAUUGAGGAAAGUGACAGUAGAUCCAACUACGAUACAAAUAGUGGUUUAAUUUGUGAGAUGGCAUCAAUGGCAGCGCUGCUUCUCCAAGGACUUGCCAUUGUCCCUAUGCAAUUAGUUGCACGUGUUCCUGCCGCUUUGUUUUAUUGGCCGUUGAUUCAACUUGCUGUUGCGGCUACUGAUAAUAUUGCUUUGGGUGUUGCUGUUGGAAGCAAAGGGAGAGGAAACGUUCCUGGUGCUACAUCAGAUAUUCGGGCAACUCUUUUGCUACUUCUGAUUGGUAAAUGCACUGCAGACCCUGCUUCUUUCCAAGAAGUCGGUGGUGAAGAAUUUUUUAGGGAACUUUUAGAUGAUACAGAUUCAAGGGUGGCGGGUUACUCUUCAGCUUUCCUCUUGAAGAGAAUGAUGACUGAAACACCUGAAAAGUACCAGCACAUACUUCAGAAUCUUGUCUUCACAGCUCAGCAGAGCAACAAUGAAAAGCUGUUGGAAAAUCCAUACCUUCAGAUGCGUGGCAUAAUUCGGUUGUCAAAUGAUCUUGGAAGUGGUUUAUAAUUUAAUUGCUUAUUUCUUUGGACAAUUACUUUCUUGACAUGGAGACUUGCAAUGCUCAAGGACUUCAUGCUCUUCUUUCGACACUUGUAUUGUUUAUUUCACGGCAACAUUCACGCAGACUUCAGAAAUCCAUAACACAAUCAUGGUUGAUUUAUUAAGAAUGUGCAAAAGCAGUAUGAUA